GUUAGCCCGUACGAGGCCUUACGCCGCAUCGGGCAGGUUGCCGCGUCGCCCUUGACCGCCGCUGUUAUUGCCCUGGGGUUCACGGGUGCGCCGCAAUAUACUCCCCAUGACGCACGUGACCACGGGCGGGUAAAGGAGUCGCGCUCGAAACCUGGCGAAUGGCGUGCGUUGUUUCAUUUCGACCUUUUGCUCGCCUGCCGGCUUUUCUUGCCAACUGCCCCAGGAAGAAGCAGGUAGGAAUCAGAUCAGCUGCUCGUCAUACCCGGCGAAACACCUGCUUCUGGGACCUUGUGCAAAUUGCGGCACGCCCAAGCUGUUAUCACAAGCCUCGGCGUAUACCGUCUUUUCAACAUAUAAACCGUGCGGCAGUCCCCCAGUAGAUCCUCAUCAAUCUUCAUCAAUCGGCCAUCGAUUGCCGCUCAGCCCUGCAGGACGGCAAGCACCUUUUACACAUCUCACAUACAAAAUGAAGCGACUGUCAGCGCUAGCAUCACUUGGAGCCUGCUUCUCCUUCUCCACGGCUGCGCCAGCAAGAACUUCCCGCGCACCAUCGGCCAUUCAACCUAUCCCCAUAGCCCCCCACUGCACCAAUGCCCACAUCACCCAAAAUUGGAUCGUGGCCGACUGUCCUACGGGUCCCGACUCCGACGACACAAUCGAAAGCGCCGUUUACCUCCCUAACAAGAUCACCAACGAUGACGGCGUUCUAAAAUGGAAAGCCGACGGCAACUACAUGCAGACAUGCUCAGACUGCAAGCUCGCCAACGGCGGCGCGAGCCUGAACUGCCAGUGCAGACCCAACUACGGUCAGCGAAAGGAUACCACAAUCGACCUAAAUGAGCACAUCUCCGUAUACGCUGGACAUCUCCUCUCCAACCUCAAUGGCGCACCUAGCGUCCCCAGCCAACCAUCUACUUUCCCGGUGCCAUCGGACCUUUCCUUUGGUUUCGGCGGCAACGCGACCUGCCCUGACAACAGCAGCACGACGCCCGGCUUCGACUGGUGCAAACAAGUAGCACAUACCUGUACCACAUCCAAUGCCCGCACAGAUACGAGCGAUGUCUCGUUCAGGAUGUACGGCCCGCUAGGUUGCUACGUCCCUGUGGUCUACAUGCCCUACCACUUUCAAUUCGAGGUGAUCAAGCUGGUUGGCGAGGGCGCGUGGGAGAUGGUGGGCUACGCGGAUGAGCAGUGUACGACGCCUGUAGGGACGAUCAGCUCGGAGGAUAUGGGCGUCUGCACGAGCUUCCAACCGCGCGUGAGGGCGAUUAGCGUCAGGCCGGCGUUUAAUGGGGAUCCAAACUGAGUGGGACCUGGAGCGGCUGCUGCAUGCUGGGCACG